AUGCCUCCAGCACAAGCCUCAGACACAGACACAGCCUCAGCCUCCAGCACAAGCCUCAGACACAGACACAGCCUCAGCCUCCAGCACAAUCCUCAGACACAGCCUCAGCCUCCAGCACAAUCCUCAGACACAGCCUCAGCCUCCAGCACAAUCCUCAGACACAGCCUCAGCCUCCAGCACAAUCCUCAGACACAGCCUCAGCCUCCAGCACAAUCCUCAGACACAGCCUCAGCCUCCAGCACAAUCCUCAGACACAGCCUCAGCCUCCAGCACAAUCCUCAGACACAGCCUCAGCCUCCAGCACAAGCCUCAGACACAGCCUCAGCCUCCAGCACAAUCCUCAGACACAGCCUCAGCCUCCAGCACAAUCCUCAGACACAGCCUCAGCCUCCAGCACAAUCCUCAGACACAGCCUCAGCCUCCAGCACAAUCCUCAGACACUGCCUCAGCCUCCAGCACAAUCCUCAGACACAGCCUCAGCCUCCAGCACAAUCCUCAGACACAGCCUCAGCCUCCAGCACAAUCCUCAGACACAGCCUCAGCCUCCAGCACAAUCCUCAGACACAGCCUCAGCCUCCAGCACAAGCCUCAGACACAGCCUCAGCCUCCAGCACAAUCCUCAGACACAGCCUCAGCCUCCAGCACAAUCCUCAGACACAGCCUCAGCCUCCAGCACAAUCCUCAGACACAGCCUCAGCCUCCAGCACAAUCCUCAGACACAGCCUCAGCCUCCAGCACAAUCCUCAGACACAGCCUCAGCCUCCAGCACAAGCCUCAGACACAGCCUCAGCCUCCAGCACAAUCCUCAGACACAGCCUCAGCCUCCAGCACAAUCCUCAGACACAGCCUCAGCCUCCAGCACAAUCCUCAGACACAGCCUCAGCCUCCAGCACAAUCCUCAGACACAGCCUCAGCCUCCAGCACAAUCCUCAGACACAGCCUCAGCCUCCAGCACAAUCCUCAGACACAGACACAGCCUCAGCCUCCAGCACAAUCCUCAGACACAGCCUCAGCCUCCAGCACAAUCCUCAGACACAGCCUCAGCCUCCAGCACAAUCCUCAGACACAGCCUCAGCCUCCAGCACAAUCCUCAGACACAGCCUUAGCCUCCAGCACAAUCCUCAGACACAGCCUCAGCCUCCAGCACAAUCCUCAGACACAGCCUCAGCCUCCAGCACAAUCCUCAGACACAGCCUCAGCCUCCAGCACAAUCCUCAGACACUGCCUCAGCCUCCAGCACAAUCCUCAGACACUGCCUCAGCCUCCAGCACAAUCCUCAGACACAGACACAGCCUCAGCCUCCAGCACAAUCCUCAGACACAGCCUCAGCCUCCAGCACAAUCCUCAGACACAGCCUCAGCCUCCAGCACAAGCCUCAGACACAGACACAGCCUCAGCCUCCAGCACAAGCCUCAGACACAGACACAGCCUCAGCCUCCAGCACAAUCCUCAGACACAGCCUCAGCCUCCAGCACAAUCCUCAGACACAGCCUCAGCCUCCAGCACAAUCCUCAGACACAGCCUCAGCCUCCAGCACAAUCCUCAGACACAGCCUCAGCCUCCAGCACAAUCCUCAGACACAGCCUCAGCCUCCAGCACAAUCCUCAGACACAGCCUCAGCCUCCAGCACAAUCCUCAGACACAGCCUCAGCCUCCAGCACAAGCCUCAGACACAGCCUCAGCCUCCAGCACAAUCCUCAGACACAGCCUCAGCCUCCAGCACAAUCCUCAGACACAGCCUCAGCCUCCAGCACAAUCCUCAGACACAGCCUCAGCCUCCAGCACAAUCCUCAGACACUGCCUCAGCCUCCAGCACAAUCCUCAGACACAGCCUCAGCCUCCAGCACAAUCCUCAGACACAGCCUCAGCCUCCAGCACAAUCCUCAGACACAGCCUCAGCCUCCAGCACAAUCCUCAGACACAGCCUCAGCCUCCAGCACAAGCCUCAGACACAGCCUCAGCCUCCAGCACAAUCCUCAGACACAGCCUCAGCCUCCAGCACAAUCCUCAGACACAGCCUCAGCCUCCAGCACAAUCCUCAGACACAGCCUCAGCCUCCAGCACAAUCCUCAGACACAGCCUCAGCCUCCAGCACAAUCCUCAGACACAGCCUCAGCCUCCAGCACAAGCCUCAGACGCAGCCUCAGCCUCCAGCACAAUCCUCAGACACAGCCUCAGCCUCCAGCACAAUCCUCAGACACAGCCUCAGCCUCCAGCACAAUCCUCAGACACAGCCUCAGCCUCCAGCACAAUCCUCAGACACAGCCUCAGCCUCCAGCACAAUCCUCAGACACAGCCUCAGCCUCCAGCACAAUCCUCAGACACAGACACAGCCUCAGCCUCCAGCACAAUCCUCAGACACAGCCUCAGCCUCCAGCACAAUCCUCAGACACAGCCUCAGCCUCCAGCACAAUCCUCAGACACAGCCUCAGCCUCCAGCACAAUCCUCAGACACAGCCUUAG